GCAGCCAGAUGGCCGCUCAGACUUCGGGGCUGCGGUCUGAUCCUGGGUCACACCCUACAAUCAACCAGACCCCAGUGUCUCAGGAGAGAGGUUUCCUGCCUGGCAUGCUGCGGAACCCUCUGAUGUCCCAGCAUGCAACUCAGCCACCUGGACCCUCCAUGUCUCCACACCCUUUGCCUGGAGGCCAGGUGCAUCCUGGGAUGGGUCCAAUGUCCCAGCAUGCAACUCAGCCAUCUGGACCCUCCAUGUCUCCACACCCUUCGCCUGGAGGCCAGGUGCAUCCUGGGAUGGGUCAAAUGUCCCAGCAUGCAACUCAGCAAUCUGGACCCUCCAUGUCCCAACACCCUUUGCCUGGGAUGGGUGCCUACCAGCAGGGUGGCUCCAGUGGCACUUAUGGGCCUCAGAGUGGACACUAUGGACCUCAAGGUAGGGAUGAUCUGGAGUGAGACAGGAGAAAGUCCUUUCAUUGAGAGUUCUCAAGGUAUAGAGGUAACUCUGCUGUUUUCAAAGCUCCCCCUCUCCACUCAUACCCCAAGCACCCAGUCCUCUGCUGAGCCAGCAGGUUUUGGACACUGUGGACCAGUGCUUUCACUGAGAGCUCUCCAUGUAUAGAAGACAGCUUUGUUGUUUUCAGAGUCCCACCUCUCCACUCAUACCCCAAGCACCCAGUCCUCUGCUGAGCCAGUCAUAUCUGUUCCAGCC